AUGACUUCAGAACGGCUCGUUGUGGCUCUACUCUGUCUCGGGCAGGUAACUGCCCAACUGUCCAUUUUAAGCAUUCACGAAGGAGUAGACUUGGAGGAGAAGUUGCUAAGAUUGCUUCUGAGACUGCGUGUGGAGCAGAGCUUUGACACUCUGGUCAUCUACGGAGAAGAAUGCGCAUUCCAUUCAAUGCUGAGACACUCGUUGGGACCCACUGAGCUGGUGUCCUCAGGAAGCACUGAAUCCGAUUGGAACUUUAGCAGCUCGACACUAAUCUUGAGCUGUGGAGCUAGUGCUGAGAGGGAGGGCAACUAUCGCACCCUGAUGAAGCUGCAAAUGAGAAGGCGUUUGCUAUACCUUACGGAAGACAAUCAGCCAGAGGAGGUCUGCCACAACUACUCUCUCAAAGAGCAAUACAACAUAGCCAUGGUGAAGGCGGACUUUGUUCAAUCAGGCAGCAUCUACACCUGUCGCUGCUUUCAAGAGCUCAACUUUGAAGAGCUGGAUCUAUUCGACCAUAAACCAAUUUUUGUGGAACAAUUCAGAAAUAUGCGCGGGGCCACAAUCAAAACUCUGGCGGAUCAAUUGGCCCCCCGAUCUAUGUCGUAUCAUGAUGAGAAGACUGGCGAGGAGAAAAUGGUUGGUUACGUGGCCAAUCUGAUCAAUAGCUUCGCCCAGAAGGUGAAUGCAACCUUGGACUUUCGUUCCGUAAGGAAGGAUGGCGAGAAGACAGAGUCCGUAUUUAAGGACAUAGUAAGAUGGGUGAAGGAGGAUCGUUUAGACCUUGGCACCACCAUGGUAAGCUCUCUGCAGGUACUGAAUUUGGAUUCAUUCAGCUAUCCUUAUUUGCUGACAUCGUACUGCCUGAUGGUUCCGAUCCCCGCCAGGCUGCCGUACAACCAGAUAUAUGCAGUUAUAGUAGAUCCACUUGUGCUCUGCAUCAUCCUCGUUCUUUUCUACCUGCUCUCAGCUCUGCUGAUCUACAGCCAGCAAUUAUCCUGGCGAGGCCUCACCCUGGCCAAUAUUCUGCUGAACGACAAGAGCCUGCGCGGCCUUUUGGGCCAGUCGUUUCCGUUUCCGCGAGACCCAAGGAGGAACAUGAAGCUCGUCUUCUUCAUUCUGUGCUUCGCUAGUCUGAUGAUCACCACCAUGUACGAGUCGUAUCUUCAGUCGUUCUUCACGCGCCCUCCGCCUGAGCCAUCGAUCCGCACCUUCCAGGAUAUAGCCAAUUCCCGCCACAAGCUCGCCAUCAGUAGAUUUGAGAUGAACGUUUUGUCCGCCCGUAAAAGUUCCAAUAUUCACCUGAUACGCAGGAAUCGUAUUUGUGUCCUCGAAGAUCAUGAGGAUUUCGUGCUUCUACGCAAUUCAUUUAAUGACAGCUACGUUUACACGGUAAGCGAGGAUCGCUGGAGUACCUACCAGGAGCAGCAGAGGAUGUUUGCGCAGCCCUUGUUCUACUACUCACUCGAUCUCUGCUUCAAUCGCUUUCUGUUUUUCCAUAUCCCACUGCGUCCCCACCUGCCAUACCGGCACCUCUUCGAGGAGCACAUGCAGCGGCAGCAAGAGUUCGGAUUAGUGAAAUUCUGGAAGAGCAGGAGCUUCUUCGACAUGGUAAGGCUUGGUGUUACGCCCAUGAGGGAUUCCAGCCUGCCGCCAUAUAUCAACCCGUCCAUUCUGGUGAAUGACAUCUCCUGGAUACUGAAGCUCUAUGGGGCAGCCAUGGGUAUAAGUUGCUGCUGCUUUAUCCUCGAGCUUUGGUUUUGGAGAAGAAGGAGAAAGCCGCACAAUGCCAUCCUCCAACAUUAA